GCGGCGGAGGCCCGUCCGCCGCGGCCCUGAGGGGGCGGGGGCGCCGCUCCCCCUCCCCGGUUCUCUCCCGGUUGCGCCGGUAGCCCCGGCGGGGCCGCUCUGCGGCCCGUUCACCCCGCCGGCCUUCCCCCAGCCCAGCGCUGCCCGCAGCCGAUUGGCGGCACCGAACCCGCUCGUCCAAUGGCGGCGCCGCUCGCCUCAGCGCGGCCGGGACGGGGCGGGGCAGCGCCGGUCCCUAUCCCGUGGAGCGCGGGCGCGCCUCGGCGCGGCGGCCAAUCAGAGCGCGGCUUACAUGCCCCGCGUGGGGGGGCCGGCAGAGAGCGGCGCUGCCAUUGGCUGGGCGCGGCGCGGGGAGCGGUUUGAAUCGGCGGCGGCGGCGGGCGCGGAGCGCGGCCGGGGGAACGGGGCGGGCCCGGGACACCCCCGGGACAUCCCCGGGACACCCCCGAGACAUCCCACAGUAAUGGCAAGGUAUAAGAAAUGCAAACGAAAACGAAGAGCCCGAGCAAAAUUUCGACUGGAGAAGAAGAGCAGUGCUGCAGCCCCCCAGGGAUCUGUUUGUCCCUCUCCAUGGUCACCAGCUCCUCUCCCUCUGAACACCUCAGCAGUCCCAAGGUGCUCCCACUGGCCUUUAGCCUUGCCCAGUGUAAAAAGUGUGGUCAAACCCUUGGCAACAGCAGCAUCAUUUCUGUACUGGUGGUGCCACAGCAGGGUUGCACAGAGCUUUCAGGUGGUUAAAGACACCAUAUUUCCAUCACAAGUCUACUUAAGGGAAUUAAAUACCUUCAGGGAGAAGCUGGAGAAGUUGGAAAGUGAAUUUUCCAAGCUGCAAGCAGCACUCCAGAUGAACGGAGUGGCAGCUUUGUCUUCAGAAAGUUCUGUUUGCCAAAGGUGUCACAAGCCAGUCCUGGGUGCUCCUUUGGGGGCACAGAUGGAUCCUCCACCAGCAGCAUCCGUGCCUGUGUCCAUCCCUCCUCCUCCUCCUCUUCCUCCUCCUCCUCCUCCUCCACCACCGCCGCUGCCUCCACCAAAACUUCCUCCAGCACCUCUCCUCCUCCAACGGGGCACAGCCUCUAAACUGGCACCACCAGUGACAAAGGAUGGCCCCAUGCACAUCACCCUCAAGGACCUCCUGAAUGUUAAACUGAAGAAGACAAACAGCAGCCUGAGAAUGGACAAGGAACAAUCACCAGUGAAGCCACGCAGGGCAUUAAUUACAGUCACAGAUCUACAGAGUGUUAGUCUGAGACCUAAAUCCAAGCCAUCAGCUCACGCUACAAAACCUUUAAUUACCUCCCCUAAAAAUCAGAUUGACCUUCGGAAACACCUGAAGAAAGUUGAUAUACAAAGAAGUCCUGGUGGCACUCCUCUAAAUAGUAAAGAGAACACAGAAUGUGGCUCUGGGCUGACACCAAUAAUGACACGGGCACUGCGGCGCAAGUUUCAGAUGGCUCACCCGAAGAGCCCCUCGCCUGCACGGCUGAGUGCUGCAAACAGCUUUGAUGAAAAGUGAAAAGGGGGUUUAUGGAACAAAGUAUUGUCCAGUUGUGGUCAGGAAGCCACUUGAAUCCCAUUUCUAUCACACUCAGGCACAUGUAUUUGUAAGUAAACGUAGUGCACAGGAAAAUGAGGCAUUAUGGAACCCUGUAAAGCAGAUUGUGAUUUUUAUCUCUCUCUAAUGUCUCUCAAUUUGAUUGCAUCUUGAUUCAUAAUGGAAAAAAAAAGUAGGAAAAUUCCCAAGUCUUUGACACUUGGGUGCUGCUGAAGCAGGGAAUAUUAUAUUCUCAGCACUGGUGCUGCUUGUCAUACAAAUAUGUAUGCGUUUGCUGAAAUUCAGUAUUUUUAUAUCAUUUUUUAACAAAAAAAAAUCUAAUCUUGACGGUAUUUGUACAGUUUCAAAGAAAAUCAACAGUUUAAUGCACUAAUGUUAUUAAUGUGGAAAGAUUUCGGCUGCAAGAUUCAACAAACAGUUGGAGCCUGUGGCUACAAAUGUAUGAGGGCGUUGCACUGUGUAUCACUGCUGGUAUCACUAUUAAAGAGCUGCUCUGCUUAAAGGCGAUGAACUCAAAGCCUCCUUGCGAGUCCAGUUCAGGGGCGGGCAGAGGCUGGGCCUGUCCCACGGCCCGGGACAGGGGCAGAGCGUGAGUCCCGGGGGCACGGCCCGGGACAAGGGCAGAGCGUGAGUCCCGGGGGCACGGCCCGGGACAAGGGCAGAGCGUGAGUCCCGGGGGCACGGCCCGGGACAAGGGCAGAGCGUGAGUCCCGGGGGCACGGCCCGGGACAGGGGCAGAGCGUGAGUCCCGGGGACACGGCCCGGGACAAGGGCAGGGCGUGAGUCUGGGGGCCACAGCCCUGCCCCGGGGGGCACAGCCCUGCCCCGGGGGGCACAGCCCGGUCCCGGGGGCCACAGCCCAGUCCCGGGGGGCACAGCCCAGUCCCGGGGGCCGCAGCCCUGCGCCGGCAUCCCGGGACGGUGCUGGGAGCCGCUCCCGGGCUCACGGCCGUGCGGAUCUGACCCUGGGGACGGCGGGGA